UCCGAACGACUGCAAUCUUUGGCGCUCUCGUCUUCAAAUUGAAUCAAAAAAUCAAAUUUUCUACAUCAACAUGGCGGAUAAAUCAGAAAGAGACCAAGAUGGAGAAAAUUACUCUUCUCGAUCUCAACUUCGAAUCAAAAGCGAACCAAUGGAGCUGGAAUUUCCAGAGGAAGACCAAGAGCCCCCAGCUUUUGGGCCUGCUGCAUUGGGCCUACAUAGAGUAGGGACGAAGUUACCACCAAAACCAGCGCCUAGUGAACCCGUUCAAAAACUAAACGCAAGAGGUAUGCCGGCUAGAAUAAGGAAGAAAAAUAGAUUCAUCUUUGUAGAUGAUUUUGUGAAUACUUCUCCACCUAGACAGUCACCAAAAAGGGUGCCAAAAAUUUUAUCAAGGACCCCAGUAAAGCAGUCUAGUGCGAAAAAACAGAAAUCACCAACUAAAGUACAUAAACAUAAUGACAAAUAUGAAGAUAAAAUGGACAGUACUGGAAAUCAGUCACCAGAUCGGAAAUCAGGUCAGAGAAUAGGCAUGCGACUAAGGAACUUGCUAAAACUGCCAAAAGCUCAUAAAUGGGUGUGCUUUGAAUAUUUCUACAGUAAUAUUGAUAAAGCACUCUUUGAUGGAGAAAAUGAUUUCAUGAUAUGUCUUAAAGAAUCUUUUCCACAAUUAGCAAAUCGGAAGCUAUCUCAAAUACAAUGGUCUAAAAUUAGAAGAAUGAUGGGUAAACCCCGUAGAUGUUCUCAAGCUUUCUUUGCUGAGGAACGAAAAGAAUUAGAAAGGAAAAGGAAACUUAUAAGGUAUAUACAACAAAGAAAAACUGUUGAUAUAUGUAUAAAAGAUUUACCCCAUGAAAUUCCUAUGCAGUUAGUAGUAGGCACAAAGGUAACUGCAAGAUUGCGAAAACCACAGGAUGGCCUAUUUACAGGUUGCAUUGAUGCUGUUGACACAUCAAAUAACACAUACAGAAUAUCAUUUGAGCGACCUAAGCUGGGAACCCAUUCUGUACCAGAUUAUGAAGUCCUUUCAAAUGAACCUCCUGAUACAAUUAGCCUUUCUAGUAUUACACAAAAAUUCAGGCCUCGUUAUGUAAUGCAAGAAAUGCUCAACUUAUAUCAACCUUGUCUGCCCACAAAUAAUAAUACACAAAGUGAUCCACUGAUAGGAUGUUCAGAUAUAGUUAAACAAUUUGAAAGUUCUUCUGGUAACUAUCCUGUCCCACUACUAGAGCUAAUUGUAAAAUUAACUAAAAUUCUACAUGCAAAGAAAAGUAAGAUAAGCAGGUUAAAAGAAUAUAAUUGUGAAGCUGAAAAAAGAAAAUGUUUUGGGAAAAAAAUGCCCGAAGACUUUGAAAGAAAAUAUGCUGCAAUUGUAAUAGACCUUGAGAGAAUGAACAUGGACUUACAAGAUUAUAUUAAUGAAGUGCAAUUAUACUGCCAACAGAUAGCGCCAGGCCCUUGUUUAGCUGCAAUGCUCGCACCUUCACAUUUACGAGAAAAAUGUAGAGAAGAAGCAUCACUAUUGGUGGAAAAGAAUAACAAAAGCUCCAUAAAAGAUGUUACCUUAAUUGAUCUAAUUACAGAUCUUACAGCUCUAAUGUUACAAGUUAAAAGUUUAUCGGAUUCUGAUCAGAAUGCUUAUGAAUUGAGUGUAUUGCAAGGGACUAUGGAUCAAAUAAAAAUGAAAUUAAAACCUCGACAUCAAAAAUUAUUUCAAAAUAAUGUUGAAGUGCACAUGCACAGAAUACAAAUAGGAUUGGGCCAAAUGUCUUCAAAUGCAUAUAUUGCUGGUACAUAGUAAAGUGCAAUAUAGUGAUAUUUAAUA